AUGACAGGAAAGUUUCCGCACAACGAACGUGUCGAGCCAGGCUCGGUGAACCUCCCACCCCGCCCAUAUCCUCCAACAGUCCGUUCAACAUCGGUUGAUGCGGGGAAGGUGGCCGUGGAGGCUGUCAACGCCUUCAACGCUGCUUUGAGGUCCAAGAACUACAAAGCUCUCGCACAGCUGUUCGUGUCAGACGGGUAUUGGAGGGACCACCUCUGUUUAUCAUGGGAUCUACGGACUCUGAAGGGCAGAGAAAAAAUCGAAAAGUUUCUUGCCGACCGGUGCCGAUUGACCGAGGUCGCCGUGGACGCGUCUUCCGAUAAUCGGGCUCCUCGACUUGCUCCCAUUGAUGCUUACGGCAAGGUCCUAUGUCUCCAGUUCUACAUCAACGUCCAGACCCAGGUCGGGCCCGGCCAGGGUGUCGUCCGGAUGGUGGAGUCGGGUGACAAGUGGGAGAUCCUCACCUUCUUCACCGUUCUACGAGAGUUGAACGGCCAUGAGGAACCCCUGCGGCACCGCCGUGAGAAGGGGGUCGAGCAUGUUGGCAUUCGAGACGGUAAAAACUGGAAAGAAAAGAGGGACGACGAGCUCAACUACACAAACACGGAACCGACAGUGGUGGUCAUCGGUGCUGGCCAAGCCGGACUUACCGUCGCUGCUCGUUUAAAGAUGCUCAACAUAAAUGCGUUGGUCGUCGACAAGCACGGCCGGGUGGGGGAUAGCUGGCGCAAGAGAUACCACCAACUUGUGCUGCACGACCCCGUUUGGUACGACCAUUUACCCUACAUCAACUUUCCAGCAAACUGGCCAGUUUUCACUCCCAAAGACAAGAUCGCGGACUUUUUCGAAGCAUAUGCCAGUCUUCUCGAGCUCAAUGUCUGGACGUCGACGACAAUGACCAAAUCGUCUUGGGACGACUCAAAGAGGCAGUGGACGCUUACCUUGGACCGUCAAAAGCCCGACGGGACCAAGGAAACUCGGGUCCUGCACCCCCGCCACGUCAUCCAGGCCACAGGCCACUCUGGCAAGAUGUUCUUCCCUGACAUCAAGGGCAUGAGCAACUUCAAAGGCGACCGCCUGUGUCACAGUUCAGAGUUUGCCGGCGCAAAGCCCAACUCCAAAGGGAAGAAGGCUAUUGUUGUCGGAUCUUGCAAUUCCGGCCAUGAUAUAGCCCAGGAUUUCUACGAGAACGGAUACGAUGUGACGAUGGUCCAACGCAGUUCCACCAGUGUCGUUUCAUCUGCUUCCAUUACUGAUAUCGGACUGAAGGGGCUCUAUGAUGAGGACUCCGCGCCCGUCGACGACGCCGAUCUCUGGUUGUGGAGCUUACCCGCGGAGAUUUUCAAGUCGCUCCAAAUCGGCAUGACCGAACUGGAAAAUGCCAACGAUGCCAAACUCCUCGAAGGGCUACAAAAGGUCGGCUUCCAGCUUGACAUGGGCCCCAGCGGUGGCGGCUUUUUCGUCAAGUAUUUCCAGCGAGGCGGCGGAUAUUACAUCGAUGUCGGAUGCAGCCAGCUCAUUAUCGACGGCGAGAUCAAGAUCAAGCAGGGGCAGGAGAUCACGGAGGUGCUUCCUCACGGUCUACGAUUCGCCGACGGGUCAGAGCUCCAGGCGGAUGAGGUCAUCUUCGCGACGGGAUACCAAAACAUGAGGACCGAGGCCAGGAACAUCUUUGGCGAUGAGCUUGCAGACAGGAUUGGUGAUGUUUGGGGUUAUGACGAGGAAGGUGAGUUCAGGACAAUGUGGCGGCGGAGCGGACACCCCGGGUUCUGGUUUAUGGGCGGCAACCUCGCAAUCUGCCGAUAUUUCUCCAAGAUUUUGGCGCUGCAGAUCAAAGCUGUCGAGGCUGGAAUUGACCAAGACGGCCAGUCCAAGCCUUUGCCGAGGCUCUAA